UUUAUUUAUUGCGUGCAUGUUGUUUUAUGCUUGCUAAGUAUACAAAACAUUGUGAGUAAAGACGCCACAUUAAAUUAAACUUUUCCGUAUUGGAGACAACAUGACAACGUCGUGUACUCCUUUACAGAUACAUAAUCGCGGCUAGUAUGCAACUCACUUCUGUUCCAAGCUCCGGCGUCAUUUCAAGGCUAAUAAAAUUCUGGGAGUGGUCCAUUCUGUUAGUGCUGCUACGUAAACCGGACAUGUCAUUACUCGGGUUAGGAGUGUACAUUCCAAAUAACGGCAUCGUAAUUUCAAUCGCAGCGCGGGUGAGAGUCGGCGCUAAGCCCGGGAUACCCCAGACCGGUGCCUCUGACCCGUCGGCCAUGGCGAGAAACUGUUCUCCAACUUCACGUUCGGGCACAGUAUAAUUGAUACCAUCAUGAUCAGAAAGCAUCCUGGUCAUUGACCCCAUCCGUUGACUGCAAACCGCCACCUGCGCCGCAUCAGUAAUUAAUUCAAAGGCGCGAUGAAUUAAACGCGCCUCUUCUAACAAGAAAAGACCAGGCAACUGAAUUCGAAAAUCUGGUAAAUUCCUGGGAGCCAAAUUUGCAUAAACGGCUGCUAGAGAAUUGAUUAAUCCAGUGUUACAGGUCGCCAGGACGGAAGGGUCCAAUCCAUGCGUUCCUCUCUUCACGAUUUUCGUCACUCCAACAAUUUCGCUAUCAUAAUCGCCAAUUAAAACAUAAUCACGUUUCGCCCGAUUAAGCGUCUCGAUGAGUAUCUUUCUGAUGACGUCUUUAAAAUCAUUAACAUUCAUAUUCUCUCCCUGCGGGGCAUCCUCAAUCAAAACCACCAUUUGCAAAGAGUUAAAAACUUUGAGUCGUAGGUGAGUUGGGAUACCCUUCACAAGUCUAGGAAUAUCAUAAUCAGUAACUAAUGUGUUUAGGAGGCACUACUACCGAGAGUGGGAAUAACAUCCGUCGUCACAUGACUCAUACUGUGCGUACCUUUUUCGAACAUUAUCCGGAGGUAAUUGCUAAUAUCUUGCUCUCCCGCGCAAAACGCUGGCGAAGCAUUGACGAAGCCUUCCUUCAACGGAGCGGUUCCUUCAUUAUUGACUGUGGGAUUGCCCUGCAUAUUCGUGAAAAUUGAGGCCAAUCGCACUUCAAGAAAAGCAACAAUGCAAUUUUCAUUCUAUGAGAUUUUUAAUACCUGCUGUAACGGCUAGAUCAAUAGCCUUUAGCCGUGUAGAAUAACACGUAAUGGAAGCAACAGCGUCCUGUAGUCUAGAGCUCGAACAAAGGGCAAUACAUUAGAGUAUCGGGUAGUACCGCCGAGAGGGUAUAAAGAGAAUCCAAAUCGAACCACUCGGGGCAGUCUCUGUAAUUCCUUUCUGAAAGUUGUACGCAAAUACACAGUCUACUCUCACGCCCUCGUUACAUGGUGGAGAUUCAAACGGUAAGCAAAAACAAACUUCUAUCUGAAAAACAUCCCGGGCUUGUCUAAUUGGUCAGUAAGAGGCGCGUUGCGUUUAGAGACCUUUGCGAGAAACUCAGCCGGUCUCGCACCUUAAAUUGCUGAGACAUAAGGUUACGGACGCAACUUCCUGACUAAAUAGAAGGAACCCAGGGUAAGAAAGUGAGAAAAAGAGGGAAGUGAAUGAGUGGACAGGAGAACAGGAGCAGCAAGCGAGUACAAGGUAUCGCAGCAUCACCACCGUUACGUCUGGUGACAAGAAGAAACAAGAUACCGAACAGAGGCGAAGAAGAAGAAGAGGUAGACUGUAGAACCACAGACGAAAACAGCCUUAGGCGCAAGUGCGGUUUCAACGGCCAGGCUGGCAAGAGACAGCCACCCAACAGCCAAGGAGCAGCAGAGAGCGCAGAAACCGACGCAAGAGCAGCACAGAGGCACAGCAGCAAAGUCGAAGACCACAAAGGAUGAAACAGCAGAUUCACAGAUCGGAGUCAAGUAGAACGUAAGUGGGAGUCACCACAGACAUCCACCAGACAACCAACUCCGAGAAGGCCCGUAGACGAAGAAGGAGACCGCUCAAGCCAAGGAUCCCGACCAUCGUUGACGUGGGACACCUCGGACCUCACAGGACACCCGCAAGAAGAAACCCUGCCCCAUAGCCCAACAGUAUCUCAAGAAAACGAAGUAUUCGCAGAUCAAGACCUUUUUUCCCCAGUACAGAACGCGGAGUUUCAACCGGAAGAUGAAAGAGACGAAGACGAGCUAUAUACACCACGAAGACUCUGGAACGAAAAGAGAGCCGAAUACCAAGCAGCGACAGGCGACACCGACCUAAGCUACCGACAGCUUUCGUCAGAGUCCGACGACGAAUCAGACGGCGCCGAGGGUACAGUUGGCCUACUCACAAGCUUCAACUAUACAACACCAACCACCAGAACAGCAACAGGAAACCGAACUCUGACACCAACGCAGCCGGAAAAUAACCCGACACCAGCGAACACACCAACAACAGGAAGACCGUCACCCCAACACCCCACUCAACACACACGACACCCGACCCUACCAACAGUUCGGAACCCCCCGACGACAAACAUGGCCGCCGGACUUCUCAAGUUCAAGGCACCCCCUGUCUUCUCAGGCAAAGGAGGAGAAGACGCCACCGACUGGAUGGAUCGAUACGAGAUACUGGCAGACUACAGCCGGUGGGCCGACGCAGACAAACGAGCAAACUUCGGCAUUUACCUCGAAGGACCAGCAAGACAGUGGUUCCAAUGCCUGACACCACCCAACGGGUGGGGAGACACUGCGGCAGUAGCAGCCACCCAACAACAGGCCGGGACACCGGCGAUAAGUGGAAUGCGUUUCAUCUUCAUAAAAGAAUCCCUACAAGAUAGCUAUGCCGGAUAUCAAGAGAGGAAACUUCGGAACCGCAAACAAGGCAUAAACGAACCUGCCGCAAAAUACUACUACGAGAUAAUAAACUUAUGCCGAUUGAUGGACCCUAACAUGUCCGAAGAGGCAAAACUACACCACCUCUACGAAGGACUAAAACCUACAUUGGUGGAGAAAAUUUGGGUCCUACAACCCAAAACUUGCAUCGACUUCCUAGCAGCGGUAAGGAGACACACCGAAGCAGCCGAACUAGCAUGCAACAAAAGAUGGCCCGUCCACAUGCUAGCAGAAGAAAGGGAGAGAGAAGAGGAAACAAGAGUCGCAGCAGCAACCAGCAGAGAUAACGAGGAACCCUCACUCAAGCAACUUCUAGACGUCGUGCAACAACUACAAGGAGAAAUAGUCGCUAUGAAGAAACGCGGGGGAAGGAAGGGGAGGAGCCGAGCAGACAACGGGACAACACAAAGCCAGAAUGAAGCAACACCCCCUCAAAGGACAGCAGACGGACGGCCAACCUGUUUCUACUGCAAAGCCGAGGGGCACAUUAAGAGAUACUGCCCGAAAAAGAAAGAAGACGACGACAGACGUAACAACACGACCGUCGCAAUGAUCAGCACAUCAGACGAAGAAGAUGACAAGGAGAUACCCCUGCUACAAAUCGACGCGGGACAACUGCUGACAGAAGAAGUGACAAUUGGAACCAACGACACGGAAAAAAAGACCGAAGCGGUAAUCGAUACAGUAGCAGCGGUAUCGAUCAUAUCCCCCAAACUAACAGCAGAAAUGGCCCUAGAAUUCAAGACCUGGGGCGGGCCACAAAUCGUAAUGGUAAACGGACAGCGGACACCCCCCUUAGGAAGAGUGGAGUUGACAAUAACCAUUGGGACGACAACAGUCCAAGCGAAGGUGCUAGUACUGCAGAUGGGAGGGAUCAACCUACUCUUAGGCAACGACGUGCUGAGACGUUUUAAAAAACUGGAGAUCGAAUACGGCAAGGGGAAACCAAAGAUGCGGUUCGGUGAUCUACCAGUACGGAUGGCAAUCGAAGACGAAACACCAACACCGGCCACAAAGAUAGUAGCAAAGAGCGGGGCAAGAAUCCCAGCAAGAUCCAUGGCGGCCGUGGAGAUAGAACAAAUUGAAGCGACAAAACCAACAGUAGACGGCUGCCCCUGGAUGAUAGAACCAGCAACCAACCGCACAUCAGGACCGACCCCAGGAAGAGCCCAAAUGCCUGGCGACCGAACAACGGUAUGGGUCAUGAAGAAAAACCUGGAAAACAGAUCAGUUUACAUCCACAAGAAAAUGGUACUAGGACACAGAACCGAAGUGGCCGGAAUAGACACAGAAAUACAUGCCACAGGCAGAGCCAACGGACCCAGAACAUUAAACACCGAGCUUGAUAAAGGCACCACAAAUAUCCUUGACUUCACACCCAGCAUAAACCAGGAGUUGCUGGCAGAGGAGAGGAAGGAGUUCGAGGACACACUACGAGACAACUCCGACUGUUUCGCGAGGGAAGGCGAGCGCCUAGGACGUUGCAACGUCGCAGAGCACGAAAUCCAGCUAACACCCAACGCCAGACCCAUCUACCAGACCCAACGCCCGGCGUCGUGGAAGGAACAAGCCAUCCACAAGGAACUGACACUGGACAUGCUGAAGAAAGGUGUGAUUGAAGAAGCCACCAGGCCAUGGAGCACGAGGACACUAUUGAUUCAAAAAAAGGACGGAAGCUGGAGAUUUUGCCUUGACUUCCGCCCAUUGAACAAUGUUACAAUAUUGUCACGGGUAAUCUAGUUCAGUACACUCGAUGAUGAAAACCACUUGUAAAAAGCACCGUAAUGCUGGCCAACGUCACGGCACAGAACAAGACGGUGGCCUUCCCCAUUGGCUAACUACACUAAUUGUCUCAGACACUACACUAACUUAACCAAUGGUGCCCUAGUGGAACUAACACAUUGACACAAGCAAGAGAUUAACUCACACACCAGAGAAGAGAAAACUAACAUCCACUCAGUGUGGUUAGCAGACGAGAGAAAUGCGAGAGAGAUCUGGACUAAAUCUAAGGACGCCAAGCGACACAAGGCAAUCUAGUGCUCAUCUGGUAAGCAAAAGUAAGGCGAACAGGACGGGACGUGACAUUUCCCCCUCUUACGAAAAAUGAUCGUCCCGAUCAUCGAAUAUAGAGGAUGCGACUGAAAAGCAAAUGAUCUUAGUUCCCAUUUUUUUUUGAUUUUUACCCAACCUCCGAAAUUAUUAUGAACUUAAACCAGCUUAAACUAAGUGCACAUCUAACUUAACAUACACGCACACAGGAAGACACAUCUUCCCCGGAAGCUUCCGUAAACUGUUGGAAGGAACCAUCUUCCAAACUCUCUCACGCGCACACAGGAUCCUCACAGUGAAGACCCCUGUCGUGGCGGUCCAACGACAACAGUCUCACUCUGCCGUGACGGUCCAACCUCUCUACGACACAACAAAACCAAAUCAGUCCAAGAAGCCAAACAUACAUGAUACACGUUAAAUCGGCCACACAACAAAUCACACAAUUUAACUACAAAUCAAGUCGAGUUGGGGACUUCAAUCCUUGGCGAGAGCGGAGAACAUGACCGCCCACUCUUUCGUCUCUUAAUCCAGUUGUUGAUGAAGCGUCUUUUUCGCAAUGCUGCUCUUGAUCCACAGCUCGAGAUUGCUGAUCACACCACCGCACCACUUUAGGCGACUUUUCUUUCACUUGAUUUUCCGAUGUCUGCUUUUUCUUGAUAAUUGAAACGGGUGUCUUGACUACAGGUGAUUUAACACUCACUUUUCCACUCGGCGCACUAUGCCUAAACGGCUUUAGAUGAGACACAUGAACACAAUCUUGAUUCUUAUUUUUCCCAUAUAGCGGCUCCACGAUAUAGAUGAGGUCGCUUACCCGACGUACUAUACGGUAGGGGUCAAAGUAACGAUGAAGAAACUUCGUUGCGCGUCCUUUUUUUCGAAUGGGGCGAUAAACAAGCACCGGAUCGCCUACAGUAAACUUCACUUGCCGGUGGCGGCGAUCAUACCGUUUCUUCUGUCUUGACUGAACAAUCGCCAUCCUUUUCUUCACCUUUUCACGAAUAGCGGAGAGGUUCGUCGUCAGCGUACGGGCACGGUCACUGGAGUCACCAACAUCUAAAUCUUUUUUUGGAUUAUUUCCCAACGCAACAUCAAUCGGUAGUACGGCUUCUCGCCGAUAUAAGAAAAAGAAUGGGCUAAACCCAGUCGACUCCUGGCGACUCGUAUUGUAGGCGAAGGUGACGAAAUCAAUGAACCCAUCCCAAUCAUUAUGGAGUGAAUUUACGUACAUGGAGAGCAUUUCCGCAAAGGUAUGGUUGUACUGCUCGACCAACCCAUUACACUGAGGAUGAUACGCAGCCGUAACCAAGUGAUUAGUCUGCAAGGCUUUAAAAAGCUUCUCAGAAAAGUUAGCCGUCAAACAAUUUCCGCGAUCGGAGAUUAGGGACACAGGUGCCCCAUGUUGGAGGACUACAUUCCGUACAAAGAAGUCGACGACUUCUUUAGAGAGUAGAAACGAGUAAUUUGACGUCGCAUUCCCGGCCAGUAAUAUCGCUGUUGGAUUUUAUACGUCGUGCACGUCACUCCCAGGUGCCCAACGGUGACGUCACUAUGGCAGGCUAAAAGCACUUGUUCGACGAGGCUUUUGGGGAGACAGAGUUGAUACGAUACCACCCCAGCACGAAUUCGAUGACGAUAAAGGACAUCCCCCCUCAGCUCAUGGGGUUGAAUCAAUUUUUUAAUCCGGAGAGUGGGCGCUGUGUCUUUCAUUCCCCUUAAGAUGCCUUCCCACCACAAAGAUUCCCGUUGGUCCGACCCAAUAUCCAUCGCACCCGCGACCACAGUGACAUUCAGGAGGGGAAUCUCCUUUUCUUUCUCGGGACAACCCGUUGGAGCCCGUGACAACCCGUCUGCAUCCGAGUGGAGGUGCCCGCUAUGGUGCACUAUUUCAAUAUCAAGGUCUUAGAGCUGAAGGCUCCACCGCGCAAGCCUCCCAGACAAAUCCCGUUUCUUCAAUAGCCAGCAAAUAGAAUGAUGAUCCGUCUCUUAUCUUUAGCCCCCAGAUGUAGGAUCGAAAUUUACGGACGGACCAGACGAGGGCGAGACGCUCUUUCUCGGAUACUGAAUAAUUAAUUUCCGGGUCGCUCAAAAGGCGGCUCGCAUACGCAAUGACGUGUUCUUCAUCUCCGUGUUUUUGUACAAGGACGGCCCCCACCCCAUAAUUACUGGCAUCGCAAUGGAUUUCCAUUGGCAAAUCGUACCGUGGGUGGGCCAAGGUUGGAGGGGAAAUCAGGAUGGUUUUCAUAGCCUCAAAGCUACGCUGGUGCUCUUCCCCCCAGGAGAAACGUUGGUUCUUUUUGGUCAUAUUCGAGAGAAGUCGGGCCACGACAGCGAAAUUAGGGACGAAUCUCCGGUAAUAAGAACAAAGACCAAGGAAGCUUUGUACUUCUUUAACAUUCCGCGGAACCGGGAAAUCACGCACGGCGGAGAUCUUUUCAGGAUCUGGAGAGAUCCCUUCGCCACUAAUAAUAAAGCCCAAGACUUUAAGGGAUUGCUCUAGGAAUGAACACUUUGACAACUUCAAUUUCAACCCCGCCCGUUCAAUACGUUGGAGGACCGAUUACAGACGCUCUAGAUGUUGAGAUACGGUGGGUGCGAAGACGACAAUGUCGUCUAGAUAGACAAGGCAUGAGUUCCAUUUGAUACCAGCUAAGACAACAUCCAUCAUUCGUUGGAACGUUGCCGGCGCAUUUGUUAACCCGAACGGCAUCACUUUGAACUCAAACAGCCCAUCCGCGGUGAUAGAAAGCGGUUUUAGCCCGAUCCUGCUCGUCGACCUCGACCUGCCAGUACCCCGCCUGCAUGUCUAGGAUGGAGAAAUGGUGUGAUGGUGAGAAUGGUGUGAUUUUUCGUGACUGGAGGAUCUUCUAUUUUUUCAGUUGUUGUGGGAGGUGUUGUUGAAUUGCUUAUUAAUUCAGUUGUUGUUGUUGUCGUCAUAGUUGUCGUUGAUGAUAGUGCAGUGGACGUGGUUUCAGUUGUAGUUGAUGGCAAUGUAGGUUCAGUACUUGGAGUUGUAGUUGUUGGCUUGCAUGGUGUCCAGAGACCAAUGUCCUUUCGUACUUUCCCUUAAGCGUUGAUGUAGUGCAGGGCUCUCCCGUACUCCUUGUUGUUGUUGGCCACCACACUGUCAUCUCCUGACACUGCCAUCUGCGAACACAGUUUCUCUCCUGCCUCCCGGAGCGCUUCCUCCACCUUCUCCCGCACUCUGUCAGCCCUGGUCGCGUCCUCGGUGUUAAUGUCUCCUUCUGUGAUGACGCCAUCCGCUUCAAGCUGCCUGCCUAUCAGGUUCUUGGCGUUAAUGAACGUGUUACACACGUACGUCACGUUCUGACCUGAGCCUCUGAAAUCUUCUCUUCCAAUUAGGUCCAUCACCAUUCCGGUCUGAAGGGCAAGGGACGAGAGCCAGAACAUUUCGGUAGCAUAGGGUGUAAAUGCUAUUUAUGAGAGCUCGGUGUCUUGGGUCCUCUGCGUAUUCCUCAAUGAGGAGUUCAUCGGCCAGGUCAUCUGAGUGGACUGAGGUGUCAAAGCCCCUAACGUCUGCAUUCCAAUAAAAGCUGCCAUGGUCUCUUAGGUCUUCCAGGACAUAACCCAGGUAGUUCACUCCCAGCCCUGACACCCCAAAUCCAGUGUUUUCUCUUUUUGCCCAUCCGUCUUCAUUCAAAAAUCCUAGGGCCUCGAACUCUAAGAAUAUGCUCCCUAACCACAUGUACCAAAUAACGCGGCUUCCUUUUGCGUUGCCAAAUUCUCGGGGUCUCUUCUCCCGCUUUCCCAUUGUAUUGUACAUGCACAGCCUACAUUCUCCCCUGAGAUGCAGUUCUCUUUCCUCGUCAACAAUCUUCCAGAAUCUAGGGUUGGCCAAAGCCUUGUUUCCGCUUUCCCACAUUAGGGUGUCGUUCCAGGCUCCAACCGCCGCGUCGUUGCGGAGUUUCUUGAGGAACUCCUCCUUGGUGCAGAUUCUAGGCUUCAGUCCCUUCUUGCUGGCGCGUUCCCACAUCCAUUUGGCGAUAGUCUUGGAAAUCACACGAGCUCCAAGAGGUCUGGGUGGGACCCACGUGUCGACUUUCUCCGUAAAGAGCUUCUGUAUCAUUCUGGGGCUGAUAUCGGUCAUUGAGUAUUGGUUUACGGCAUGAUCUUCAGCCCAGGGUCCGAAAACGUAAUUGAUCACUCCAUUGAUGUAACUUCCCCCUCCCCUCAGUGGCCUUAUGGCGUAUGACCCAAAGUACUUCCAUGUCCAGUAGGGGUUUUGGGCAUCAACAUGCCAUGAAUUCCUAAAGGUGUUCAUGACGUGGUUGACUCUGGUGACUACGCUUGGGUGAGCCAUCGGUGGAGGUGUGACGGUUGAUGGGUGUCUCGUGCCUUUCUGAAGAACUGGUGGCUCUCUGUGGUAGGUCAUGUUUGCCUUACCGCACAUCCUCGCAAUCAGUACAUGAAUCAACUGAUUGACGCUCCUGGGUAUGUUUCCGGUGGCCAUACUCGUAUAGUACAUUUCAUGGGUGGUAUUUAGUAAUCCGAAAGGGCGUUCGAUUGGACUAUCUGGUUUCUCCUGACGUAGCGUGAUCUGUUCCGCUAUACAGUUGAGUGUUUGGUAUUCCUUGAUGGCGUACCAUUUACCUUCUCCUGUAGGAGUGGCUGUGAAACUGAGUCCCGUCGAUCCGGUUUGCAUGUUAAUGUCGCCACAUUUUUUAUCGUUGACCAUCCGCCAGCAUUCCAAAGGGGUGAUUAGUAUUGUUUCUUGGGAGUAAACUGUAUCGAAGGAUCCGAUCCAGAACGAUCCGGUUAUUUUCUUUGUUU